AUGUCGGAGGGCCCGGGCCAGGGAGGCCAGAGCCAGGGCGGCCAGGGCGGCCAGGGAGGCCAGGGCCAGGGCCACAGUGGCCAGGGUGGCCACGGUGGGCAGGGCUUGGAGGUGGACGACGAGUUUCGGGACUUGGGCCCCGAGGCAGCCUGGUCCUUGUCCUCGGCCAAACAAGGCAACGGAGUGGAGCAACUGCGUGAUGGAAGUACUGACACCUUCUGGCAAUCAGACGGGCCUCAGCCGCACCUCAUCAACAUCCAGUUCCAACGCAAGGUCAAGGUCAGCGAAAUAUGCUUUUACGUGUGCUUCAAGAUUGACGAGUCAUACACGCCCUCGCGAAUCUCAGUCCGGAUAGGCACCGCGCAUCACGACCUACAAGAGGUGCAGGUCAUUGAGCUAUGGUUGGAUCUCCAUACCGCUUGCCAAAUCGAGCUUCCGACCUACGGACGGCUGGUGAUGAGGGGCCUAUCGACGUGUUACCGGUUUCGUAGAAGUGCAUUCACCACAAGUUCAGGAUAA